AUGAAUUUCAGACUAACGGAAGGGGCGAUAGAGAACAUCCGUGAGUGCCCGCCUGGAAAACAAGGACAAUCCCGGUACCGCUUGAACCUGAGUGACGGCGUGCACAGUUCGUCCUGUUUCGUGUUGGCGUCGCAGUUGAACCAUCUGAGUGAAGACAAGCAACUGGAGCCAAACUGCGUGUGCGUGCUCAAGAAGACCAUCUCUUCGAAUGUGGCCAGCAAGCAAGUUCUAGUGGUGUUGGAAAUGGACGUGUUGCAGACUGCUGCUGCGGCAGGAGGCAAGAUUGGCAAUCCCAUACAGUUAAUUGACACUGCGGGCCAGGAGGAGGCAGCCAGAAGCACUAACAGUUCCAAUGAAAUACCUGGACCCUCCAGAACCAGCACAAGCAAGGCAUGGAGCAGGCACAUAAAAGCUCUGGAGUCCUACCACCAGAGGUGCCUGCGUAAAAUCUUGUACAUCACCUGGAACCAGAAUCGCGCAAAUGUCAGUGUGCCUGAGGAGGCAAACAGUGACAGCAUUGGCACUUGGGGUUGUGAAAACUCUCCGAUGAAGAUUUCUCAGAUGAAAGGUACUGGAAAAGCUGCCACCUUGAAAAGCUUCGGGACCGAAUUCACGCCAAUAAACAAACUCAACCCAUAUUUGAGCAAUUGGACGAUCAGAGUACGAGUGACCCACAAGUCGGACAUCCGCAAUUGGAGCAACUCCAGAGGGGAUGGCAAACUCUUCAGCUUUGACGUGACGGACCAGAGCGGAGAGAUCAGGAUCACCGCCUUCAACAUCCAAGUGGACAAGUUUUUCUCACUGGUGGAGCCGAACGAGGUCUACCUGAUCUCCAAAGGCUCUCUGAAGUUGGCCAACAAGCAGUUUGCGACACUCAACAACGAAUACGAGAUCACGCUGUGCGCCAACUCGUGCGUGUUGCCCUGCAAGGACGGCUGGGACGUGCCAUCCGCACGCUGUAGCUUUGUGCCAAUCUCAGCGCUGGAGGACAAGGACCCUGAUGCAUCACCGAUCAUCGACGUGAUCGGCGUGUGCCAGGAGGCUGAGGAAGUGUCGCAGAUCACCACCAAGGCUGGCAAGCAGCUGACUAAAAGAGAGCUGGCGCUUAUCGACUCCAGUGGAAAGAUGGUGACACUCACACUGUGGGGUGACCAGGCACAGAAGUUCAAUGCUUCCUGUCACCCGGUGGUAGCCAUCAAAGGGGCUCGCUUGUCAACGUUCGGGGGACGCUCGCUGACGGCGGUCUACGGCUCUACGCUGAUGGUGAACCCCGAAAUCCCCGAGGCCUACAAGCUCAGAUACUGGUACAACCAGGUGGGCUACGCCCACAACGUCCGGUCCUUGACUGACUCCCGGUCGACAGCCGGCGAGUUCACCACCAACUGGAAGUCUUUGAGUGACGUUAAGACUCAACAGCUGGGACACGGCGAGAAGGCUGACUUCUUCAGCUGCGUGGCCACUGUGGUCUUCGCCCGCAAGGAGAAUUGCCUUUACAAGGCAUGCCCUGCUGCGUCCUGCCACAAGAAAGUUCACCAGCAGGAGAACGGACGCUUCCGCUGUGACAAGUGUUGCAAGGACUACCCUGGCUUCAAGUACAGAUUCAUGCUGUCUGUGAACUUGGCUGACUUCGGGGACAACAUGUGGGCUACGUGCUUCCAGGAGACGGCGGAGACCUUGCUUGGUCUCUCCGCUGAACAACUGGGAGAACUGAGGGACACGGACGAGACCGCAUUCAACGAGGUCUUCCGAAAGGUCCACUUCAGCACGCACGUCUUUAGGAACAGAGUCAAGCUGGAGACAUACAACGACGAAUGCCGUAUAAAGGUGACCGUUUUGGAGGUCCUGCCCGUGGACCACCGGCAGCACAGCAGGAAUCUUUUGAACAGCAUCCGCACUCUGGCCCAAAGGAAUUGA